AUGACUUCAAAUAAACCAGUAGCGCUCGUCAUUGGGGCGUCUCGCGGCAUCGGAAGGCAGAUAUCGAUCGACUUGGCUCGCAACGGAUACGCAGUUGUCGUUGCUGCGAAAACAACAUCCGACGCCAGUACAACCACCCCUUUCCCACCUGAUCCGAACUCCCCGCAAUCAACCAUCAACACCGUUGAGCGCGAAAUCCGGGAAUCCGGCGGUGACGCGACCGCCAUUGUCGUCGACACCAGAGACGUUUCUCAAAUCAACAACCUUUUCGCCGAAACCGUGCGCAUCUACGGCAAACUUGACGUCUUGGUAUACAAUUCUGGCGCGAUAUGGUGGUCGUCUGUCGAGAAUACUCCCGUGAAACGUUUCCAAUUGAUGCAAAGAAUCAACCCAGAAGGGCUGUAUGCGAGUGUGCAAGCAGCGCUGCCGUACUUCAAGAAGAAUGCCUGGAAAGGAAGGGUUAUUGUUGUUUCGCCACCCAUCUACUCGAGGUUUUUUCGCGGAAAGACCGCAUAUGCGAUGGGCAAGGUUGGCAUGAGCGUGUUGACUAAAGGGUUGGCAAUGGACUUUGUUCGACAAGGGCGAACAAAUAUGGCUAUUACGAGUAUCUGGCCUGCGGCGUCCAUCGAAUCUGCUGCCACGGGGUCCAUGGUUAAGAAUGACCCAGCAUCAGAAAAAGACCUACGGAAGCCAACAAUCUUCUCAGACGCGAUCCUGGCAAUGCUCAAAGCCCCCGCUGAAUCCGUAAACGGUCUUUUAGACCUGGAUGAAGAUUUUCUUAGGAAUCGCUGCGGCGUAACCGAUUUCUCUAAAUAUUCGGUAGUAUCAGGUGCAACACCGCGACGGAUUAUGCCGGCUGAAUUCCCUACUUUGGAAGUCGCAGAGCAGGAUGAUGAAGGGAAGCGAAUGGAUAGUACUCAAUUACGAGCGGGCAGGGAGAAAUUGUGA